AUGCUUCAAUAUAACGAAAACGGGCACAUCACCAAGCCCUGGAACAAUGGAUACGGCAAGACGGAUGCAGGCACAGUUUUCGUCUACGGCACCAACGACAGUCUCCCAUCAGAUGCAGUGCAGCGUAUCCACAAAGUCUGGACCGCAGAUGGCACUGGUGGUGAUCGGCGGGGCCGCUUGCUGUACCGAGGAGACUUCGAUGAUGGACGAUGUUAUCAGUACACCACGGCCAGCAGUGGGUUCAGCGCUAUUGCGAAUGCCCGAGCAAAGAAAUUCCCAGGUCCCGGCUCAAAUGAUACCGAGCAGGGACAGAAUCUGUGGUGUGUUGCAGAUGUCACUGUGCCUUCUAUGGAGAUCGGUUCUGAAUAUAGUCUAUACUGGGUGUGGGAUUGGCCGUCUUCCAUUGCGGACGGAUUGUCCCAUGUGACGGUCGUGCCGCAAGUGUAUACGACAUGCAUGGACAUCCGUGUGAUUGCCUAG